ACACCUUGGCACUGUUGCAUGCUCACAAACAGAGGAGGCACCCAAAGGUCCGAGUGCCUCUGACCUGCCACAAGGACAAUUGCGGUCAAAAAUUCCAGUACUUGAAAGGCCUGAAGGCCCAUCUGUUACGUAAACACCCUCACACAACCACAGAGGCAAUUAUGCCAACUGCUGCAGCCACAACAGAGGCAGUUAUGCCGAUUCCAGUUGCCAGUAAUUCACCGGUGUUGGAGCAUCCAAGCCUGAGUCCCCUUCAGUCUCCCGCGAGACUGGACUUCGGGUUCGAAGAGGACGACCUGACAGCCAUAAACCCACAGGAGAUCCUCUCAAUCGUGCAGGAUGAGAGGCGUGUUGUGAUAACCAACCACAGCCAAGAGGGGGCCGGGACCAUGCCCAGAGUUGCCAUCAUCCCAGACCAGAGGGCGGCUCUGGGACUGUUGGACCCCGCCCUUGAGGCAGAACUGGACAGUGUCCUGGAUGAGAUAAAAGCAGCAGAGGAGGCGUCUGAAGUCGUCGCACCCAGGGUUGCCGUUGCGACAGACCAGAGGGCGGCCCUGGGGGAGCUAGACCCAGCCCUCCAAAGCUUAAUGGAAGCCAUGCAAGAAAUCCCUGAAGGGAUUGCGGACUCCCCAGCUGAGCCCGAGGAGGUGUUCACCCAACCCGAACGUCCAACAUGGAAGGUCAUUCCCCUGGAGCGCUCUACCCCACUCAGAGCAGGGGAACAGUUCCAACUAGAUCCUCGAUUGUUUGGCCUGGGGGCGCCCUCUGCCCAAGGUCAUCUCAAUACAAAUACCUCCAGAGAAAUGGCCAAGAUCCGGCUCACAGCUAUGCAGCAGCCCAACCGUAGGGUGGACCUUGUCCCCGGGGUCUCCCGCCAGGAAUCCGUGACCUUCAAAAAUGGUGAAAUAGAAAUAACCUGGAGAUUGAAUUCAAAGGUUAUCCCUGAGACUCAGCUUAUAAACACCCCUGCAGACACCCGGAGCAGGGGUAUCCAGUGCAACAUGAUGAAGGAAAGAACCAAACAAAUACUCACAAGUGUGUUUGGUAAACCUAAUGAACAUUGAACAUUAAAUAAAUUGAAGUCAACACAACCAACUACACAACUACAACCAACAACACAACUACAACCAACAAAGAAGAGGCAUCGCCUAGUGACAUUUAUUAAUUUACAUUCUAUUAGUGAACAUUAAUGAUUUCUUAGGUACUUCGAGACGAAGAGUUUUUUUGAGGGGGGCAAUGUAGCAUUUGCAGGGUAUUAGAAUGAAUAAUAUUAUCUCUGUGUUACAUUUCCUCCCGUUCCUUACCUUCGUUCUUUGAGUUUCCAUUAAUUACUUUUCAUCUCAAUAAUUUCUAGCUCUAAAUUUCUAUUCUAAGUGUCAUUUUAUCGUCAUUGCGUAUUCUACAGUAUAAUUUUUAGUGCCUCUCAAUUUAAUGUUCCAUUCUCUAUCUUUAUUAUUGUAUUUAACUAUCAUUCUAGUCAGUAUAUGUCUCAAAUAUUCAAAUGUAUGACAAAAAUUCAUAAUUCUUAAUAUUUCCAUGGGCGCCGCCAUUUUCUUUAACUUAACGCAUGCGCAUGCGCAAGGCAGAAUGUUAGAAUUUAUUAUAAAGCUGAGCAUGCGCAAGUCGCAAUAUUAAAAUUAAUCAUAAAGUUACGCAUGCGCAAGGAAGGACCAUAUGAAUAAUUGUACAUAUACGCAUGCGUGAUCUGUGAACUUGGAAUUAUUUCGUCUCUAGUUUGGCGGCAUAUUUAAAUACAGCCCGGGAAUAAGAUAGGAGAUUCUUUUCUCUAACACUGACC